AACUCCCUCUUCUUCCUCACAAUUAUCAGCUUCCCCUCCUGCAUCGCCUUUAAAUCCUCAAAAAAGGACAGAUCAGAUCGUUCAGAACUUCUAUAUCAAAGUUGCUCAAAUAAUCACGCAGGCACGUCUUGUGCAGUAUGAUACUCAGAAUAUUGGAAAAAUCCUACCCAAUGCAAAUCUGUCAUUGCAUCCGCGUCAGACAACGUCUCACUCAAAGAGAUCUAAUAAAUGGUUCAAUUUAGAAUUAAGUGAUUCAGACGUGUACAAAGAUGAUCUCAAAUUAUGGCGUCAAAUUUCACAGACAUCUACGGGUUCCUCUGCGCCUCUUCCCAUGACCAUAGAAUUUUAUUUAGAUACGUCAGACUUGACUAAAAACCAAGUUCUAGUGUUGACUGAUGAGACAUUAAGAAGGCGAAGAAUAGAUUCGAUUAUUUUAGGUGGUGAUAGAGCAACAAAGAAUAUCAUGUUGGAACGUUGGCAGUUGUCUUUAAGCUACCAACCUACUGUCCCACAAUCAGAACUCCCUGUCGUCUAUAAGAAAUCUAUUGCAUUUUUUCGUUCUUUGUACGCUUAUGUUAGGCUAUUACCAGUCUACCGACUUUACAAGCGAAUAAGAAAAAUGCGACAUAGCAACGCCUUAAAAAUCGGCUAUAGAUUUGUACUACCAUCUAAUAACACUCAAGAUAAUAUUGGAAUAGAUGUUCCGAUAAUAGAGGGAGAAUCUAGACCUAUUGUUUCAGGGUUCGAGUUUUGUCCUGUUGAUACACCAUUAGGUGUCUUAUCUCUUAAGACACCCGGUUAUCUUUAUCCGGGUACAUCACCGCAGUUUACGAGCAAUCAGUUGAUUAAUGACGUGUCACCCGUGCGGCCGCUUAGUUCUCCUAAGUCGAACCCUGAUCUUACUUUUCCAAAAAUUUAUGCCCCACCGCGUUCUUCAAAUUUUGGUUCAAAUUUAUCCUUGAGAACGCCGGAUUCACGACGCCUUUCCAACACGUUUUUGGAACCAAUUAUGGCGA